CACAACAUUUAGGAGAGCGCCCCAAGCCUUGGCACCACCAGCCUGGCCUCCCCCUCCUGUUGCUGCCGCUCAACCCCCCAGGGCCACCAUGGAGAUCAGCAGCCCCUUCUCGCAGCUCAGCCCACAGCAGCCCCUUGAGCUCCCUGAGCAGAAGCUCGCAGUCUACGGCAAGCACAGCCCUGCGGACAGCGGCACUGGCAAAGGAGCCGCGUGUGGCGGAGGCAGCCGGAAGGGGAGCAUGGACUAUGGUGCCAUGAGUGGGAACCCCUACACGGGGCUGGUGAGCCGCCUGCGGGCAGCCUGGCUCUCGGGGAAGACACGGCCCAUGGAGUACCGCGUGGCCCAGCUGGAGGCCCUGGGCCGCUUCCUGGAUGAGAAGAAGCAGGACAUCCUGGAGGCCACUGCUUCUGACAUGCGCAAGCCAUCCUUUGAGGCCUACUUCUCUGAGAUCCUCCUCUGCAAAAAUAAACUCAAUGACACCCUUAACAACCUGUCCUGCUGGAUGAAGGAUGAGCAUGUGGAGAAGAAUCUGGUUACACAGCUGGACUCAGUCUUCAUCCGCAAGGACCCAUAUGGGGUGGUGCUUAUCAUUGCCCCCUGGAAUUAUCCAAUCCACCUCUUCCUUGUGCCCCUCAUUGGGGCCAUCGCUGCUGGUAACUGUGUCAUUGUCAAACCCUCGGAGAUAACCAAGAACACCGAGAGAGUCGUGGCUGAAGUGUUGCCCUGCUACCUGGACAAUGACUGCUUUGCUGUGGUGACCGCUGGUGUGGAAGAGACCACCAAACUGCUGGAGAACAAGUUUGACUACAUCUUCUUCACUGGCAGCCCCUCCGUGGGCAGGAUUGUUAUGACAGCCGCUGCCAAGCACCUGACACCGGUGACGCUGGAGCUGGGGGGCAAGAACCCCUGCUACGUGUCUGACAGCUGUGAGGUGCAGAAUGUGGCCAGACGAGUGGCCUGGGGGCGCUUCUUCAACGCGGGGCAGACCUGUGUGGCACCCGACUACAUACUCUGCAGCGUAGAGAUGCAAGAGAAGCUGCUGCCUGCCCUGCGCGAGGCCAUUACCGAGUUCUAUGGUCCCAACCCCCAGGAGUCCCCUGACUUUGCCCGUAUUGUGGGGGACAAGCAAUUCCAGCGUGUGCAGGCUCUGCUGAGCAGUGGGCGUGUGGCCAUUGGAGGGCAGACGGAUGAGCAGGAGCGCUAUAUUGCUCCCACGGUGCUGGCGGAUGUGCAGCCCUCUGAUCCUGCCAUGCAAGAAGAGAUCUUUGGGCCCAUCCUGCCCAUUGUUGUUGUGGCCAGCAUGGAUGAAGCCAUUGACUUUAUCAAUGCCCGUAUGCGGCCGCUGGCCCUCUAUGUCUUCUCCAGCGACAGCAAGGUGGUGAAGGAGGUGCUGGAGCGGACAAGCAGCGGUGGCUUUUGUGGAAAUGACACUGUGAUGCAUGUGACAUUGACCUCGCUGCCCUUUGGUGGGAUUGGGAACAGUGGCUUCGGAAAAUACCACGGCAAGUUCACCUUCGACACCUUCACUCACCUCCGCAGCUGCCUGCACCGCAACAUGGGACUGGAGGCCAUCAAUGCCCUGCGCUACCCGCCUUACAGCCAGCAGAAGCUGGGGCUGCUGACGGCCACCUUCGAGAUCAAGCGCAAGGGCAUGUGCACCUUGUUCUGAGGGCUGCCACGUGCUGCCCAGCACCACUCAGGGACUGCCUGGGCUGGGGAGAAGACCUCCUGGCCUGGCCCCCACACUGGCCCCAGGAACCCUACCAGUUUCCUCAGGAGGCUGGCAUGCUCCUUCCAUCCCUGCACCAGUCCCCAAUUCCCUUGCCAUGUCCUUUGGCUCGCUGCCACCCCGACACAUGUAGGACAGUGGGGGCAGACAUUUGUGUCCAGCCAGCCCUUUUCACUUGCUCCUCCCCACCUUCCUCUGCUCUGGACCAUUUGCCAUGACAGGCAGAUCAGAAACAACAAAAAUUUCUGUGGAAUGACCUGAUCCCCUGCUUUUUCACUCUACAUUUCUCCUCCCAGGAGAGAAAUGAUCUCCUCAAUGCUCAGGACCAGCAGUUAGCCCCAUCUCAAGUUAGAUAAUCUUUCUCUUCCAGGUGAACAUUGCUCUCCCUGCUUUCAGUGUCAACUGCCAUGUUUUCCUCCAUGUAACCCUGUCUUUAAUAAAGACUUUGCAUUGA